GUCACGCCCACCGCGGCCGGGCGGAAACACCCUCCCCGCGACGAAGGAUCCGGAUGUGAGAGAGCAAAGGAGCGGGAGGGGAGUUUAGGCCCAAGACAGCACCCAGUUUCUGCUGGGUAUAACAGAGCACUCUCUCUCUCACUACUCUGGCCAUACCGCGGCUCCUCUAUCUGGCCCCGCGAUAGAGGAGCAGCACAGCUGUCUAUCAGCGCUUCCUAGAUUUCUAGCCGGAUCCUUUGGGGAAGGGCUCUGCAUCUUAUUUCCGGCGGCGGUGAGGUGCAGUUGCCAUGGUGAUUAGAGAAAGGCCGAGAUCUGUCCGGCUGCGGUGAGGGGAACGCGGAAUCGCCGAAGAGAAUUGACUGCGCUUCCUUGUUUGUGAGCUAGAAUUAGAAUGGCGAUCAGUCCACGAAGCGAUGCAACUUUCUCCAGUCAGAAAUCAACACCUUCAGAGAGUCCUCGAACAAAGAAAUUUCCACUAACUGAAGAGGAAAUAUUUUAUAUGAAUUGUAGAGCUGCCUACUUAACUGUCUUCAAAAGCAGCUUGGAAAACAUUAUUUCUAAAGAUCAGCUUUACUUGGCUCUUCAGCAUGCAGGAAGAAAUCCAUCCCAAAAGACCAUUAAUAAGUAUUGGACUCCUCAAACUGCCAAACUGAAUUUUGAUGAUUUUUGUAUAAUUUUAAGGAAGGAAAAACCUACUUCAAAAGCAGAACUACUAAAAUCAUUUAAGCAGUUAGAUGUAAAUGAUGAUGGCUGUAUUUUACACACUGACCUUUAUAAAUUUCUAACGAAGAGAGGUGAGAAGAUGACUCGAGAAGAAGUAAAUGCCAUAAUAAAUUUGACUGAUGUAAAUGCUGAUGGCAAAUUUGACUACAUCAAGUUUUGUAAAUUAUAUAUGACAACCAACGAGCAAUGUCUCAAGACUACACUAGAAAAACUAGAGGUUGAUAGUAAACUGAGGCGUCACCAGUUUGGAAACCACAUUGAAGGGUCCCCUGAAAGGGACCCAUCACCAGUACCAAAACCAUCACCUAAAACCAUAAGAAAAACCGAUCAGGAAACAUUCUCAAAUAAAGGUGACACCAGGAGUUCUUUACUGUCAGCAACCAGGAAGUUCAAAACAUCUGUUUCCUUCACAGUUACCAUGGGGGCUAAUGGUAACCGAAACUCAAAGUUAACGGAGCCAAAUUUAAUAAAGGACUGGCAAUACAUGCAAUCAAAAGGUUGCUUCUUCUUAGAAGAAGAUGGUGAAAUCAUUAGUCAUCAGUACAGGAUGCAAAUAGCACAGAGGUCCAUGGUUUAUCUAACAAUUAAGCCAUUAAAUCUGAGUCAAGUUGAAGGAAAACCAUCCCCUUGGUUAUCCAUUGAUACUGCCUUGUAUAUUCUCAAGGAAAAUGAGAGUCAAGCAAAUCUACAGCUUGUGUGUUUUACUGAACUACGAAAUAGAGAAGUGUUUGGAUGGACUGGUGAACUAGGACCUGGAAUUUACUGGUUAAUUCCUUCCACAACUGGCUGUAGGCUGAGGAAAAAAAUAAAACCAGUAACAGAUGAAGCCCAACUUGUAUACAGAGAUGAAACAGGGAAAUUAUUCCUUACAAAGGAAUUUAAAUCUACUUUAUCAGAUAUAUUUGAAGUAAUUGAUUUAGAUGGAAAUGGUCUUCUUAGCCUUGAAGAAUAUAAUUUUUUUGAAUUAAGAACAAGUGGUGAGAAAUGUGAUGAAGAUGCUUGGGCUGUCUGCAGAGAGAAUUUUGAUACAAAGAGGAAUGAACUAACAAGACAAGGAUUUAUGGAUUUGAAUCUAAUGGAAGCUAAUGAUCGAGAAGGAGAUCCUUGUGACCUUUGGGUAACUCUACACUCUAUGGGCUACAAUAAAGCUCUGGAGUUGACAGAGGCAUGUCCAUUUGUCAUUGAUAUCUAUGCAGAAAAAUGCAAGCCAAAAAUUAAAGCUGUCCAUAUGGAGGCAUGCAGUGGACAACUUGAGAAGGCCAUUUGUAAAUCUGUUCUUAGCAAGGGUGAUGCCAAAGUAAUGGAUGGCUAUGAAAAUAUAAUCGUGCAUACUUACAGUUGUGACACCUGGAUAACGUCAGUUAUUGAAAACAAGUCAGAUGAGAAAGUGAUUAUUCACAUCAACAAUGAGCUAAGUAAAAACUGCGUAAACAACAGAGGACUCAACAUAUUUGCGGUAGAAGUGGGACCCAAAUCUACAAUGGUUUGUCAACAUGUAAUGCCUCUGAAUGAACGACAAGAAUGGAUAUAUUAUUGUAUAUAUUCUCUUAUUUCUUAAAUAAUUAUACUUAGAACUUACCAAACUAAGAAUUAUUUCAGAUUUAGUCUGUUAUUUAUUAAACAACUAAAUGUUACUUAAUUUAACUGAUGUACCUAAAUAAUAAUCUAUUCAAUUUAUAUGCAUUUUCAUUUUAUGUCAAUGCUAUGUACCUUAUUAUUAAAAUAUACGUAAUGCUUUCA